UACGGGGGUGGGACUCGUGAUUUCUUUUAAAGGAACAUUACUGACUUCAACAGGUACAUAUGUUGAAGAAUAUCACAAGUCGACUAUAACUUUGGUUUGUUGAAAUAAUGGUUCUAUUUCAAAGGUGUGCGCUGAAAAACCUUAUCCUGCCGAGUCCGUACUGUCGGGGUUGGGGAGUUCUACCAGCGAGUAAAAGUUAUAUCACCGAGUUCGCAUUUUUUCUCCUCCUUGGGCAUCGAUGCACUGGAUACAGUACCAUAUCAGGGAUCCCUGGUGUGAGAGAACGUACUCUUAUUGCAGUGAAACCAGAUGGGGUCCAGCGCCGCCUUGUGGGACAGAUAAUGCAACGCUUUGAGCAGAAAGGCUUCAAACUGGUGGGCAUGAAGAUGCUACAGGCAUCAGAGGAGCUGCUCUCUCAGCACUACCAGGAGUUAAGGAGGAAGCCCUUUUACCCCAGUCUCCUGUACUACAUGACCUCUGGUCCCAUAGUUGUUAUGGUGUGGGAGGGUCAUAAUGUGGUCAGGACAUCCCGGAUCAUAGUUGGAGACACCAACCCAUCCGAGGCCCAAGCAGGCACCGUCCGGGGGGAUUUCAGCAUUCACAUCAGCAGAAAUGUGGUCCAUGCCAGUGAUUCAGUAGAGGGGGCUCAGAGGGAGAUCCAGCUGUGGUUUCAUCGAAAGGAACUGAUGGAUUGGGACUGCUAUAACCACAAUAGCACCUACGAGCUUUGAGAAAGAGAUGGAAGGCAGAGAUUGAAAGAGAGCGUGAACAAGUUCCUGUUUUCUAGUUUUCCCGGUUUUGACCAUUCUGCCUGCCCUGACCCUGAGCCUGCCCGCCGUCCUGUACCUUGUCCCACCACACUGGAUUACUGACCUCUGCCUGCCCUUGACCUGUCGUUUUGCCUGCCCCGUUAUAGUAAUAAACUUUUAUUACUUUGA